UUCAAACUAGAAGAGCAACAAAUCCCAAAACUGGUGACAGAGGUGUUCCAGAAGUUGGCUCGGGUUCACGCCAUGGAUGUGCCCAUUAAGAGGACCCAUUGGUUCUUCACAGAAAUGGACAGAUUUUAUGGAUUGGCACAAAACAAUCUUAACAUUCAUAUCAAUAACAAUGAAUACAAUUUGGAGACAUUUAAGAAAUAUGAUCUCAAAACUGAAUUAGAAUUCAUUCAACAAUUAUUGGUAAAGUCCAAGAGUCCAAUGGUUUUCACUCAUAAUGACUUCAGAAGCUCUAAUAUUAUGGUAUUGGAGGACAAUAAUAAUAAUAACAAUGACCUAUCAGAUGGACAGGUAGUUUUGUGUGACUUUGAGUAUUCGAGUUAUGGGUUUCGUGGACAUGAUAUGGGAAUCAUACUCUCAGAAUGGGGCCGAUCUAUAAGCGACUUCGCAAAGCCAUAUACUUUUCCCGACGACUCCGUACUUUUAUCACUCAUUGAUAUCUACAUCAAAGAAUCGCAAAUAUGUGAAGUGGCUUAUAAAGGCUAUUGGCAUAUCAAGGAUCAAUUGAAGGAACAACACUUUUUUGACAAUUUAUAAUUAUUAUGAUAAUCAGC